CAGGACUGUGGGUUCCCUGUUUAUGUGAAUUCACAGAGUAAUCAAUUUUGUUCCCCCUCUCUUCCUCGGCUGUCAGCUGACCUGAGGAUUAGUUUCAUAGGAAGGAUUCUUUCUUUAGAAUAAUAUGGAGCGACUUCUUUUCCAGGGGCACCAGCUCGGCCUCACGUUAAAAUGUCGCUGAAAAACGAGUCCAGAGUAAAUACCUCUGCUCUGCAGAAAAUCGCAGCAGACAUGAGCAACCUGAUAGAGAAUCUGGACACUCGGGAGCUCCAUUUUGAAGGGGAGGAGGUGGAAUAUGAUGUGUCUCCUAGUGACCCCAAAACUCAGGAAGAAUGCAUCCCUUUCUCUGCUGUUUAUAAUACUCAAGGAUUUAAGGAGCCAAAUAUACAGACAUAUCUCACUGGCUGUCCAAUCAAAGCCCAAGUCUUAGAAGUAGAGAGAUUCACAUCUACUACUAAGGUACCUAGUACCAAUCUGUACACUAUUGAAUUAACACAUGGGGAAUUUAAAUGGCAAGUGAAGAGGAAAUUCAAACACUUUCAAGAAUUUCAUCGAGAGCUGCUCAAGUACAAAGCCUUUAUUCGAAUCCCUAUUCCCACCAGAAGGCACACUUUUAGAAGACAGAAUGUCAAAGGGGAGGGCCCUCGAGAGAUGCCCAGUCUGCCUCGUUCAUCAGAAAAUGGAAUCCGGGAAGAGCAUUUCUUUAGCAGAAGGAAACAACUGGAAGAUUAUUUGACAAAAAUACUGAAAAUGCCCAUGUAUAGAAACUACCAUGCAACAACAGAAUUCCUUGAUAUAAGCCAGCUGUCUUUUAUCCGUGAUUUGGGACCAAAGGGCCUAGAAGGAAUGGUCAUGAAAAGAUCUGGGGGACACAGAAUUCCAGGAUUGAACUGCUGUGGCCAGGGAAGGGCGUGCUACCGAUGGUCAAAAAGGUGGCUGAUAGUGAAAGAUUCCUUCUUACUCUACAUGAAACCCGACAGCGGGGCCAUCGCCUUUGUCCUGCUGGUGGACAAGGAGUUCCAGAUCAAGGUGGGGCGGAAGGAGACAGAAACCAAGUACGGCGUUCGAAUCGAUAAUCUUUCAAGGACACUUAUUUUAAAAUGCAACAGCUACCGACACGCUCGGUGGUGGGGAGGGGCCAUAGAAGAGUUCAUCCAGAAACACGGCACCAACUUUCUCAAAGAUCACCGAUUUGGAUCUUAUGCAGCCAUCCAGGAGAACACAUUAGCCAAAUGGUAUGUUAACGCCAAGGGAUAUUUUGAAGACGUGGCAAAUGCAAUGGAAGAAGCCAGCGAGGAGAUAUUUAUCACAGACUGGUGGCUGAGUCCAGAAAUCUUCCUGAAACGACCUGUGGUUGAAGGAAAUCGCUGGAGGCUGGACUGCAUUCUUAAACGAAAAGCACAACAGGGAGUGCGGAUCUUCAUCAUGCUUUAUAAAGAGGUGGAGCUUGCACUUGGAAUCAACAGUGAAUAUAGCAAGAAGGCGUUAAUGAGGCUGCACCCCAACAUAAAGGUGAUGAGGCACCCGGAUCAUGUGUCCUCCAGCGUCUACCUAUGGGCUCACCAUGAGAAGCUGGUGAUCAUCGACCAGUCCAUAGCCUUUGUGGGUGGCAUUGACUUGGCCUACGGGAGGUGGGAUGACCACGAACACAGACUGACCGAUGUGGGCAGCGUGAAGAGGGUCACUUCAGGGCCAUCCCUUGGCUCUCUCACGGUGGCAGUCACAGGGUCCAUGGACUCCCUCAGCCUCCAAGAUCGAGUGGACAGCCCUCCAGCCCUGCCCGUCCUCAGAAGUGCUGACGACGCAGACUCCAGACUGAAAGGGAUCGGGAAGUCCAGGAAGUUCUCCAAGUUUAGCCUGUACCGGCAGCUGCACCUACACCACCUGCACAACGCGGACAGCCUGAGCAGCGUGGACAGCGCCUCCAGUUAUCUUAAUCAUUACAGAAGUCAUCAGACUUUAAUCCAUGGUUUCAAGCCUCACUUGAAACUCUUCCGACCCUGCGGUGGGUCUGAGCAGGGCCUCACUAGACCCCGCCUUGACAGCGGCUCCAUCCGCAGCCUACAGACAGGUGUGGGAGAGCUACAUGGGGAAACCAGAUUCUGGCACGGCAAAGACUACUGCAAUUUUGUCUUCAAAGACUGGGUUCAACUGGAUAAGCCUUUUGCUGAUUUCAUUGACAGGUAUGCCACUCCACGCAUGCCCUGGCAUGACAUUGCCUCCGCCGUCCAUGGAAGGGCAGCUCGAGACGUGGCCAGGCACUUCAUCCAGCGCUGGAACUUCACCAAGAUUAUGAAACCAAAAUAUCGGUCCCUUUCUUAUCCUUUCCUGCUUCCAAAGUCUCAAACUACUGCCCACGAGCUGAGGUAUCAGGUUCCUGGAGCAGUACAUGCUACUGUGCAGUUGCUCCGCUCAGCUGCUGACUGGUCCGCUGGAAUCAAGUACCACGAAGAGUCCAUCCACUCUGCUUACAUCAGCGUCAUCCAGAGCAGCAAGCACUACAUCUACAUCGAAAACCAGUUUUUCAUAAGCUGCGCUGAUGACAAGGUUGUCUUCAACAAGGUGGGCGAUGCCAUUGUCCAGAGGAUCCUGAAAGCUCACAGGAAAGGCCAGAGAUACCGUGUGUAUGUUGUGAUUCCCCUCCUGCCUGGGUUCGAAGGAGACAUUUCAACUGGGGGAGGAAGUGCGCUGCAGGCGAUAAUGCAUUUCAACUACAGAACCAUGUGCAGAGGAGAAAAUUCUAUUGUUGGACAGUUAAAACCAAAACUUGGUAAUCAGUGGAUAAAUUACAUUUCAUUCUGUGGUCUUAGAACACAUGCCCAGCUUGAGGGAAAUCUAGUCACCGAGCUUAUCUACGUCCACAGCAAGCUUCUUAUCGCUGAUGAUAACACGGUCAUUAUUGGCUCCGCUAACAUCAACGACCGCAGCAUGCUGGGGAAGCGGGACAGUGAGAUGGCGAUCAUGGUGCAGGACACAGAGACAAUCCCUGCUGUGAUGGAUGGGAAAGAGUACCAGGCUGGCUGCUUCGCCCAUGCGCUUCGCCUGCAAUGCUUCAGGGUUGUCCUGGGCUAUCUUUCUGACCCAAGUGAGGACAUCCAGGACCCAGUGAGUGACAAAUUCUUCAAGGAUGUGUGGGUCUCAACAGCAGCUCGAAAUGCUACAGUGUAUGAUAAGGUGUUCCGGUGCCUUCCUAAUGAUGAAGUACACAAUCUAAUGCAGCUUCGGGACUUCAUAAGCAAGCCUAUCCUAGCCAGGGAAGAUCCCCUUCGAGCUGAGGAAGAACUGAAGAAGAUCCGCGGAUUCUUGGUCCAAUUCCCCCUUUAUUUCUUGUCUGAAGAAAACCUCCUGCCUCCUGUUGGAACUAAGGAGGCCAUAGUGCCCAUGGAGGUGUGGACCUAAGACAUAAGCAUGUUUGCUGCUCAUAGACUUCUGCUCUGAAGACUGCAUUACACACAGUACACACAGAGGCUUCAUGGGACCACACAGCCAGAGCCAGACCUGUUGCACUCCUGGAUCCUUAGGAAUGGCCGAGGAACACUCAGUCAUACACAUGCAAGGCCAGAAUUCAUUAGUAUAGAGUUUUCCACUCCAAUUCCUGUCCCAAUGAAAAGGACUUUAUUCUUAUUAGUAGUAUAGAAUCAAUGAUUUAAACCACAGGAGCAAAUUCCAUGAUAUAUACCAAAAUCCUUCUCCUUUGCUAGCCAGGAUCUAGCAGUUACUGGGGUCCAGGUUCCCUGCAUCUCAUUCUUCGCUAUCCCUCGUGUGUACAGCCACCCUCUACUGGAUCCGACUCAUCUCCUGGUCCACACUCACAGUGCUUGGGCUGUCAUUGUGUGAAACAAGCUGUAAGGUUUUUUCAAGAUUCCUUAAGGUUAUAAUGGAGCGGCCUUGUCCAGCUGGUUCUUACGCAGGAGUGUCCACACCCAACCAAUGACUUGGUCAGUGUUCCUUUUCACAUAGUACAGGGACAGGGCAGACUACACAGGAGGCCAGGCUGGGGAUAAUGUGGAUAGCCAUCCGGAUACCACAGAAUGACAGGAAGGAGCAUACCUCCCGUACAGCCAGAUUUCACCCUGUUGCCAAAGCCACUGCCAAGAUCGGUGCUUAUGACUAAGCACACUUGAUGAAAUUGGAAACCCUCGGGUAGGAUAUGGGUGUAUUGUAGUAACCAGAUAAAUCUCAGCAGGAGCCUUCAAAACUGCCUAGGUGUCCAUGAGAGUCUGGGCGAGAUAAGAAAGCUCCUUAGCAUCUCCCAGAUUCCCUUGCAGUCUUAGCUCCUGGCUUGAUUGAAAUUUGAAUUUCUUCAUUUCAGACUCAAAGCAGUGAAUGCAACUUGUCUUUGAAGAAAAGCUAUACUUAAUGACUUCCAGCAACUUAGCAUGAGUCCAUUUGACAGCCUUCUCAUGACGUUUCACCAAACAAAGUCACUGAUUAGAACCUAGGACUCCUUUGCUUGCAUGGUAAAAUAGGCCCCAACAUUCCACCAGGGAAGCUGAAGAAAUUGUGCACAUGGUUCAUCCCAUUGUCCUAGUCUAUGAACCAUUCUGGAAAGCCAUUUCCUCUGUCCAGAUGUUCAGGUACCUUUGAUAGACCAAAGGUCUGAGUUUACUAAGCAGACUUCUGACCACAUGAAGAGCUCAGGGGGUGCCCCAGAGGCUUGGGACUGGUACACAUGGUGCUGCUGUGGUGAUGGUGCGCAGAGAGAGAGAUUGCCAGGACAGGAUCUCCCUUAGGCUCUUCUUCAGAGCAAUCUCCCAGUCCCUGUUUUCAUGAGCUGAUAUUCCAGU